AUGCCGUCGAGCGUUCAAAAGGACGCCGCAUUCGAGACCACAUUCAAAGGUUUCCUGCGUCGGCAACGCACAGCACCCACGCCUCUACCCCCUGAUCUGCGCGUUACGAAUCAAACCGCCAUCGUCACAGGGAGUAAUGUGGGCCUAGGCCUGGCAGCGUCCCGGCAGCUGCUGAAGCUGGGCCUCUCCCAUCUGAUCAUGGGUGUGCGCUCACAAGCCAAAGGCGAUGCAGUAGCGAGUCAACUACGCAAGGAGUUCCCAAGUUCGACGGUAUCCGUCUGGAUCCUCGAUAUGGCAUCAUAUGGCUCUAUCUGCAAGUUCGCAGAGCAGUGCGCAUCUCUGCCACGCAUUGACAUCGCCAUCCUUAAUGCCGGCCUCAUGGUACCCACGUACACGACUGUCGCGGCCACGGGUCACGAGCUUACGAUGCAGGUCAACUAUCUAUCGACGGCACUUUUGGCCAUGCUGCUCAUCCCGACGAAGGGUCCAAUCCUACCGCAGUUUGACAAUCCCAAAGCCUUCGGCCAGUUCCCUGCGUACGCGAACGCGAAGAUGCUGCUCAUGUUUUUCGUCACCAAACUUGCCGAGCGAGUCAAGCCAAGCGAUGUUCUGAUAAACCUGGUCAAUCCUGGCAUGACUAAAGGAACAUCCUUGGGCCACGACAACAACGUGAUCGCCAAGAAGAUCUUCGGUGUUGCUCAGUAUUUCCUGGCAAGAUCGCUCGACGUCGGUGCUUCUGUAUACCUCGACGCGGCUUUGACUCGAGGCGCUGAGAGCCACGGAAGCUUCGUCAGUGAUUGGGCCAUCAAACCAUUUCCAUCGGUUUGGUACACGGAAGAAGGGCGGGAGCUUGGAGCAAGACUGCUGGAUGAGACUAUGAAAGAGUUGAAGCCUGCCGGUGCUUCGCUGCCUGAAAUAUCAUAG